CUGGUGGUGCACGGUGAAUUUGAUCUGGUUGCAUUUUUACUGUGAAACAGUAACUCAGCUUCAGAGAAUCUAAAGACUUUCUCUCACUGUUAAUAAGUAAUAAGAAGUGGAAGAGGUUCAUUGCACAGAGCAAGAGAGAUACCCUGGAGUUGACUCUGCAGAUGGACUUGACAAAAAAGCAUUUUGAGAGGAAAUGCCGGCAGGUUGCACUUACCAAACUGUUGAGCUGGGUCAAAUUACACAAGAGGAUGAAAGCUGUGGGAUUUACUGAAAUGGACAACAAGCAUCAGCAGAGUGAAAAAGGAUGUGAUGCACUCUCUGUGCUCCCAAACAGCCUCUUACUGAAGAUCUUUCAGUACUUAGAAUUACAAGAACUGCUAAACUGUGCUGAAGUAUGCUGCACAUGGAAAUCUAUCAUCCAGUCUGGCGUGUUGUGGAGUCAGAUCAACCUAUCUGUGGCCAAAGACUGGAUAACAGAUGGCACAGUGAAGAAAAUUCUGCAGAGUUACCGCUUAUUUGUGACCCAUCUUAACCUGCGUGGCUGCACCUCCUUGCAGUGGCCUAGCCUGAGAUUUGUCAGUGAAUGCAGAAACCUGCAGGAGCUCAAUGUGUCUGAGUGCCUUAAUGUUACAGAUAUGAUGGUCCAGAGAAUUUUGGAGGGCUGUCCCUGCCUGCUCUACUUGAACCUUUCUUGCACCCUUUUAACAAAUAAAACUCUACAACAGCUGUCCAGAAACUGCCUGAGCCUUCAGUAUCUGAGUCUGGCCUACUGCGAUAGAUUCACAGACGAAGGUUUUCUGUACCUGACCACAGGGAAGGGCUGCCACAGUCUCAUCCACCUCAACUUGUCCGGCUGCACCCAGUUGACCGUGAAUGGGUUCAGAUAUAUUUCUGCUGGAUGUCCUGCACUUGAAGAGAUUGUGGUCAACGACAUGCUCACGCUCUCAGAUAGCUGUGUCCUGGCCCUCCUUACCAGAUGUCACUGCUUGCUUGCUAUUUCUCUGCUGGAUGCACCGCAUCUUUCCGAUAUCACUUUCAAAGCUGUUGCUGAAGCAGUCAAACUGAAGUCUCUCAGCAUAGAGGGCAACUACCAGCUCACAGACUUCAGCUGGAACGCCCUGUGCAGAAGCUCACAAGGUCUCCGCAGGCUCCAUGCUGCAGAAUGCCCCAGGAUGACUGACGCAAGCCUGAAAUCUGUAGCCUCCCUCCAACAUCUGCGAUAUCUUAACAUCUCGUAUUGCAACAGGGUGACUGAUGUUGGGGUGCAGUAUUUGACUAAAGGCUGCUCAGCGAAUGAACUGCAAGAACUGAAUGUCAGUCACUGCAGUCACAUCACCGACAUCUCUGUCAUGAGGAUUGCACAAAGGUUGUGUAAACUUCAUCAUCUCAAUCUGAGUUACUGCGAGAGGCUGACGGACUCGGCUGUGGAGUGGCUGGGUUGGACCUCCCUCUGCUCACUUGACCUCAGCGGCUGCAACAUCCAGGAUGAGGGACUGGCCACUCUUGAGGGAAUUCCCUUGAGAAAAUUGGUUAUUGCCAAGUGCUUCUCUGUCACAGACGCUGGAAUUAAGAAGCUGUGCAAGAAUGUGACAGACCUGGAACAUGUUGAUAUCUCUCAUUGUGUGGCUCUGUCUGAUGCAGCCGUCAGAGCCUUUUCGUUUUACUGCAGAGGCCUAGUCGCACUGCGGAUGGUCGGCUGUUUUAAGAUGACCGAUAUGGCAGUGCAGUAUCUGACAAGUGGAUCUCAGUACUUGCGAGAGCUUGAUGUGAGUGGCUGUGUUCUUCUCACAGAUCUCACACUUCGGUACUUGGAAAGAAUUUGUCCUCCACUCAGUUCCAUCACGAUGGCCUGCUGCAGCCGCAUCUCGAGGGCAGCUGCCUCAAAACUUCAGCCACGUGUGACAUACUGGGAGCACAGCAGCGACACCCCUCCAUACUGGUUUGGAUACAACAUGGGGCAUCCGGUCACAAAACCCACCAAGUGAUGAUCCAUGAAGAGUGGCAAAGCAGUAAUCAGUAAUGACAACUGGACAAGUCCAUGGAGGAAAUAAACAGUUUUACCUGUGUGGGCUUUCUGGUCUGUACCUGUCGGGAUAGAAGCCUACAACACAAAGUUUUACCUGCUUUGCUAACACAUUUCAUUGGUUUCCAACAGCACAGUUGAAGUGGUGUACUAGUUUACUUCAGGAGCCAGUUUGUAGUCCUUUUAUUGUUUAUCUCUUAAUAAUAUAGCAACUUUUUCUCACUGGAAAUCAUAUUUAUAUGCACAGUUUCUCAUGGACUUGAUGUAGCCGGCCAUCACUGGUCUGCAAUGACUGAAUUCAAAGUUUGUUUCAAAUUCAGAAAUGACUCAACAUAAUCUUUAGAACAGGGGUCUCAAACUUAAAUGAGCCACUGCUGGCACUGUCAUCUCUUUGGAGGGCCAAUUUAGUCUUCAAGUAGUACAAAAGCAAAACAAGAAAACACCCACAAAUAUUUCCAAAAAUGUAGUGUUUUGUUUGUUUUUUUAAAUUUCAAAUAUUGUAUAGCAAAACUGUAAACGUGAAGUAGGGGUGAUGUGGGCUGCAAGUUUGAGACCCCUGCUUUAGAAGUUUACUGUUCCACUUUUGGGUGAUGUGCAUUAUAUCCCAUAGAUGGUGAAGCUUUUUUCUACUGCUCCCUUAUUCCCAUCUGAUUUAUUUUAAAUACCAGAUAUCUUUCCUGACACAACUCCAAAGAGAUUUGGAGUGGACCACACUAUAGAGUCAAUACUCAAUUUGAAUUUAAUGGCAGAAAAGCAUCUCAUAUUUGACAGAGUGCCAUUUUUACCACUGUGUAGCAUCUCCUCUUUUAACAACAGUCUGUUAAUGUCUCAGAACUGAGGAGACCAGCUGCUGGACGUCUGGGAGAGGAAUGUUGUCUCAUUCUUGACUGAUAAAGGCUUCUGGCUGCUCGGCACUGCUGGGUCUGACGACGACGAUGAUGAUGAUGAUGCACCAAAUGUUUUUAAUCUGUGAAAAGUCUGGACUUUAGGCCAGUUCAGCACUUUUCUACUAUGAAGUCAUGCUGUUCUAAUAGAUGCAGAACUUAUCUUACUGAAAUUUGUAGUUCUUCCUGAAAAUGAAUGGCGGUGCAUGUUGCUCUAAAAACCUGUAUGUAUCUUUCAGCGCUGACGGUACUUUUCCGUGUGUGAGCUGCCAUUAGUCACUAAUGAACCCUUAUACUGUUAAAGAUGCAGGAUUUUGAACUGAGCACUGACAACAAGCCAGAUGGUUGAUCCUCUCUUUAGUUCAGAGGAUAUGGCAUCCAAAAGUUUUUAAAAACCAUUCCAAAUUUAAAUUUGUCUGACCACAGAACAGUUUUUCACUUUGCCUCAGUCCAUGUUUGAUGGGCUUUAGUCCAAAGAAGACUGUGGGAUUUCUGUAUUAUGUUCACGAUAGAGCUUUAACCUGCAUUUUUGGAUGGCACUGCAAACUAUGACCUGUUUCUGGAAGGGCUCCUGAGCCCACCUACUGAUUUUCAUGACAGAAUAGUGUCUGUUUUUAAUGCGGUGCUAUUCAAGAGCCCAAAGACCACACGCAGCCAGUAUGAAUUUUUGGCCUUGUCCUUUGCACAACAGAUUUCUCCAGAUUCUGUUUAUAAUAUU